GGAAAGCGGCAAAGAGGAGGGAAAUUUAAAAAGUCCGGACUGCCUGGUUUGGUGGCUGACAGCAGGACAACUGAGUCGCUGGAAGAAGUCAGUUAGCCGCAUUACAAUCAUUUACAACCAACAUAAGCAGCCUGAGAACAUUGGAUAUAAGCUUAUGAUUAUUUUCGAAACGACUAUCACAGAAUGGAGACUUACAGCGAUCAGAUUUUAGACUCACCCUCCAAAAACAGUUACAUUGGAAGCUAUUACCAGCCUCCAGACAGGAUACUACCAACACCAAGAGAGCUGGAGCUCCCUGGACGCUCAUCCAUCAGCAUGGACUCACAGAUAAACAGCCCUCAGGCCUCACAGCCCAAACCUAAUAUUGACAGUAAAGCUGUUGUGGAUGCAUUAAAGACCCUCCAGGAGAAAAUCAGGCGGUUGGAGCUGGAAAGGAAGCAAGCGGAAAAGACCUACCAGCAUUACUCCCAGGAUGCCCAGAAGGAACAGCCGAUCACAACAGCGUACACCGUGCACAGCCAACCAGCAAUCAGCCUGCAUGAAACUGAUAACUCUAACAGGAAAGAGCUGGACUCAAAGCUUCAGUCAGCGGAGGCUCGCUGUAAGGUUCUUGAGAAGCAGCUGGACUACAUGAGGAAGAUGGUUGAAAAUGCCAAAAAGGAGAAGAAUGCUGUGAUGGAGAAUCAGGCUUCACUGCAGAAACAGCAGCCAAGCAGUUCAGACGACCAAAUUCAGCGGGAGAAGCUGGAGAAACUUGAAUCGGAGUGUUUCAGAUUGAGUAGAACCCAAACUCUGGCAGAGAUGAAGCUUGCCAUUCUGGAGCAGAAACUACUGAAAGAAGAGCAUGAGCGCAAACUUGUACAGGAGAAGGCAGAUGAGCUGCGGAGGGAGCUGGACGUCAACCUACGAUUGUCUUCACCAACUACUGAGGAGAUUAAGCCAAAGAAGAAAACAAAUAAGACCACCAGGAAAACAUCCAGACAGAAUGAGCUGGCAUCACCAAGCGGCCUAAGGCACAAAAAAAUGCCCUUUGUUGCAGGAACAUCGACAAGCCCAAGCCAUUCAGUCCACGCCAACGUACAAAGUAUCCUUCACAUGAUGAAGCACCAUCAGCCUCAGCUGUGUGAACGAGUAAGCGCUCUGCACAGGUCUGGCUGUGGAGCCAAGAAGAGCCUCCAAAAGGCCUUUUCUCCAACUUCCACCACUUCUCACAAGCUUGAAAGGAAGCCAGAACAAGCCGACCAAUCACUGAGCUCGCUGUCUGACCUGCUCCUGGCUCUGCAGGACGAGCUAGGGCAGAUGAGCUUUGAGCAUCAGGAGUUGGUGCGUCAGGUAGAUGCAGCCCAACAUCGGGAGCAGAGGCAGGACCUGCAGAGAGAACUGGAAAGGUUGGUUGCCAGAAUGGAGGAGAAGGGAGCUCAGAUCACGAAACUCCGCAAACACCAGCAGUCGGUCCAUAAAUGGACCCACAGCAGUGAGCAGCAGCCCUGUGCCAAUGAAGUCAAGAAGCUGAGUGGGAUCAGACCGCCCAAUCCUUCGCCUGUUAAGACUAAGCAGAAGGGAAAGAAAGCUGCGGCCACUCACAAAAAUCUGCAGAUUCUCAGAGAGACCCAGAAGUUCCGCAAAAGCCUAAAACAGGACGACGUCUCCUGGGAAACAUGAGUUUCUCUCAAAGAUGCCUUUGAUACUACAGCUGAUUGGACCACAAGACUCCCCUCGGUAUCUUGCAGCAUGUUUUCUCCUCUUUCCAAAAAGUUCUGCAGGCCGUUUUAGCCAACAUAACAAAUAAAAAGAGGGAAUAAAG